CUCACCCGUUUUGCAUUUUCAUGAGCCUGGGCUCUGAGGCGAUCGAUCCAUCCCUCAGCUCUCGCCACUCCUAGGAUCAGUUUUUUCUCGGUUUCAUGCGACGGCUCGAAUCCGGUUUCUCUCGCGCGACGUUAUUACGUUAUUUCCCGGUAGAAGGCAACAACGACAACGAUCCCUCAGAGAGCAACAGCAAUAACCCCAAGUCCAGAAUAUCAUGAAAUCAUGGCCGACACGGACCGCCCAGCGCGCCGGUACAAGUCUCCCUCCGAGCUCUCCCGCGAGCCCGACGGCGCCCCCUUCCCCCCCUCCUCCCCAUCCUCCCCAUCCUCCCCAACAUCCCCGACCCGCCACACGGCGCGCAUAACGUGCACGACGCACACCCACACGCCACCGCAGCGGACCAGCCCGUACCUGCCUACGCCGACCGAGCGGGCCGUGCUGGCCCUCUACCCGGCGGUGCUCGUCUUCGGCGCCCUCUUCUCACAGCUGUCGCCCGAGACCCGCGCGGCGCCCUACGACACGGCACGCCAGGCGCACGUGCAGGACCCGGCCCUGGCCCCCUCCUACUUUGCCCGCAAGGACAACCUGCUCAACGUGCUCUUCGUCAAGCGCGGCUGGGCCUGGAUCAGCGUCGCCUUCUGGGCCUUCCUGCUCACCCACCCGGCAGCGGGCCCCGGCGCGAAAACGAGGGCCAGGGCGGCCGUCCGCUGGGCCGCGGUCACGGCCUGGUGGGUGUUUGUGACGCAGUGGUUCUUCGGCCCCGCCCUCAUCGACCGCGGCUUCCGCUGGAGCGGGGGCAAGUGCGAGGUCGCCGAGGAGGUGGUGAGGCAGGGCGAGGCCGGGACCAAGGAAGUGGUCACCGCCGCCGCGUGCAAGGCCUCGGGAGGGAGCUGGCGGGGCGGGCACGACAUCAGCGGACACGUGUUCCUGUUGGUCCUGGGGAGCUUCUUUCUGAUGCAGGAGGCCGGGUGGGUCGUCGCGAGGUGGGCGCGGUGGUUGGGGGAGGAACGCUCUGUGGUGAUGCACGACGGGGCGGUGAAGGGCGCACUGGUGGAAGCGGACAACAGGAGGGACAGGCAAGAGGAGGUGGUGGUGCUGACGGCUUUGGAGGCGCUGGGCCGGGGAGGGACGCUGGUAGCCGUGGUGGUGGGGCUGUGCGGGUGGAUGCUGCUCAUGACGGCGAUUUAUUUCCACACGUGGUUUGAAAAGCUCACUGGACUGCUCGUUGCCCUGAUAGGGUUGUAUGUGACCUACAUCCUCCCGCGCUGGGUUCCCGCGCUGCGUGGCGUUGUUGGGUUGCCAGGGAUCUAGCGCCAUGAUAUAUAACGACUCGAAAGAAAGAGGUAGACCGAGACACAGAAAGGGCGAACUGAAUAAUAGGCAUCACAUCAUCCCUGCAUUUGUUUUCCUACACCUUUUGUUAGUUGCUCGGUCCACCCACAACUUCACAAUCUCACCCCUGUUCCUUUGCACAUGCUUGGCAGGG